UCGAGAGAAAAGUUUUAGACCCCCAUUAUGUUUUUGUUUGGGGAAAAGUUGUGGGUAGCGGAUCUUGUGAAUGUAGCGUGUGCCUGCUUUUUAACCCCUUCGCCGUUGGGGAAUUAUAUUUGUUCCUUUGGGAGAUACAAACUAAGGCGAUAUGUGCAAGAUAAGUAGAUGUUAAACUUUUUUGUUAGUUCUGGCCAGGGCAUACUCACUGCUGGCUAGUGUUGUAAGAGCACUUCACCUCACCCCCCUUCUCCCGUUAGCCUAGCUAGUGUUAGCUAACUAGCUACCUUUCUCUUCCAUAGUUUGUGUAGUACAACUGAAAAAAAAUUGUUGGCGAAAUGGCGGAAACCAAAAUAAUAUACCACAUCGACGAGGAGGAGACGCCGUAUUUGGUGAAGAUUCCGAUUCCUGCCGAAAAUAUCACUUUGUUAGAUUUUAAACAGGUCUUGAACAAGCCCAACUACAAAUUCUUCUUUAAGUCUAUGGACCAGGAUUUCGGGGUGGUGAAGGAAGAGAUCUCAGAUGAAAGUGCCAAGCUCCCCUGCUUCAACGGACGAGUUGUGUCAUGGUUGGUUUCAUCAGACACGCCAGGAGCAGCAGAGCCAGUAUCACCAGUCCUUCCUCCGCCCCCAGCAGAAGUCCGGCCCCCGCCCUCACCCCCUCCUCCUGUCCCACCCCCACCUGUUGAGAGGACCGGGGGCAUCGGUGACUCCAGACCCCCAUCGUUCCAUCCCAAUGCAGCAGGCAGUGUGGAGAACCUGGACGACCAGACAGAGACGGAGUCUGUGGUGUCCUUCAGGAGAGAGAGACCCAGACACAGGGAGGCCAUGGAGCAACAUGGGCCGAGGAUGAACGGCCAGAGCCGCAUGGUGCGCCACCUAGCGGGCUAUGAGAGCGCUACCACGGUGAUGAGCAGCGAGCUGGACACCACCAGUUUCUGUGACUCUGAGGAUGACGACACCAUGAGCCGGUUCAGCAGCUCCACGGAGCAGAGCACGGCGUCCAGGCUGCUGAAACGGCACCGCAGGCGCAAGAAACAGCGCCCGCCCAGGCUAGAAAGGGCGUCGUCGUUCAGCAGUGUGACGGACUCCACCAUGUCUCUAAACAUCAUCACCGUCACGCUCAACAUGGAGAAGUAUAACUUCCUAGGCAUCAGCAUCGUGGGUCAGAGUAAUGAGAGAGGGGACGGGGGCAUCUAUAUCGGCUCCAUCAUGAAGGGAGGGGCGGUGGCCGCCGACGGACGCAUCGAACCCGGGGACAUGCUGCUUCAGGUGAACGACAUCAACUUUGAGAACAUGAGCAACGACGACGCGGUGCGCGUGCUGAGGGAGAUCGUACAUAAACCAGGGCCCAUCGUCCUGACAGUGGCUAAGUGCUGGGACCCGUCACCUCAGGGCUACUUCACCCUUCCCCGCAUAGAUGAGCCGAUCCGGCCCAUAGACCCAGCAGCAUGGGUUAGCCACUCGGUAGCCCUAGCGGGGGCGUACCCCCCCUACACCGGCAGCUCUGCUCUCAGCACCAUCACCACCACCUCUGUCACUGAGACAGAACGUUUCGAUGACUUCAACCUGUCCCUCCACUCUGACAUGGCGUCGGUGGCCAAGGCCAUGGCCUCCCCAGAGUCUGGCCUGGAGGUCAGAGACAGGAUGUGGCUCAAGAUCACCAUCCCUAACGCCUUCCUGGGUUCUGACGUGGUGGAGUGGCUGUACCACCACAUCGAGGGCUUCCAGGACCGCCGCGAGGCCAGGAAGUACGCCAGCAACCUGCUGAAGGCCGGCUUCAUCCGCCACACUGUCAACAAGAUCACCUUCUCAGAACAGUGCUACUACAUCUUCGGAGACUUCAGCGACUGUGAGAACUACAUGGCCAACCUGUCCCUGAUUGACAACGACGGCUCCAGCGGGGCCUCCGACCAGGACACCCUGGCCCCCUUGCCCCUCCCGGGGGCCACACCCUGGCCCCUGCUACACUCCUUCCCCUCCUUCCAGUACCCCCACCCCCACCCCUACUCCAGCCAGCCCCCACCCUACCACGAGCUGUCCAGCUACAGCUUCGCUCCAGGCAGCACGGGCACUGCCAGUCAGCACAGCGAAGGGAGUCGGAGCAGUGGGUCGACGCGGAGCGAGGGGGGUGAGAGGCGACGAGGCAGUAAGGGGGGUCAAGGCAGUACGGCGGGGGGGGCAGGAGAAAAGUCCCCCUCUGGAGGAGGGGAAGGGGGUGACUCUCGCUCGGGCAGCGGCAGCGAAUCGGAAUACUCCGUCCGCAGCAGCCUGAGGCGGGGCCAUGGCUCGGCCACGCCUAGCGAGCACAGCCACUCCUCCCAGCGCUCGCAUCAUCACCGCAUGCCACCGCCCCCCCACAUGUCGCCCUAUCCCCCCGGGAUGCCCAUGCCCUACAACCCUAUGAUGGUGAUGAUGGUGCCCCAGCACCCACACCCACACAUGGGACCCCCAAACAUGGGACACCCCCACCAGUACACCCAGCAGCACCCCUCGGUCCCCAUGGGCAUGGGCCCCUCUGUCCCUGGGGGACCACCCGGGGCCCCCCCAACCCGUGACCUGGGCUCUGUGCCCCCCGAGCUGACUGCCUCGCGCCAGUCCUUCCACCUGGCCAUGGGCAACCCCAGCGAGUUCUUUGUGGAUGUCAUGUAGUCUAAUGACGUGUGUGUGAAGUGAGUGACCAUUGAUGUGAGGUCUAGGAGUAGUUCACUCUUUGGGGACUGAAUAUUCUAGUCUAUGGUGGUAACUAACUUUUGGUCUGAUUAGGCCAUAGUAGAUUGGUGUCGCUCAUUUCUUGUCUGGUAAGAACAGGGUUCAACAGUGAGUCAGAGGAAUUUGGCACAGUAUCAUAAAAGACAUGAAAUGCAUCACGUCUGGUUUUCCUCUCCUGAAUAGACUGGCAUACUGUAUCUUGACUUGCAACUGCACUGCUGGAUUCUCCAUGUCAGAAAAGUCACUCUCCUCUCGUUUGAUUUAAAACGUCUGUGUAUUGGUUUAGUUCUGCCUAUCUCUCACUCUGUCUGUGAAGCUGUUCUGUGUUUUCUUACCAAUUUUAGUUAAUAGCAUUGUGUUUGUUUUUCCUACCUGGGACUUACUGGCUGGCUGACUGGGUGUGAGGAACGGUAGUGGUCGUUCAUUGAAAUGACUGAAGUAACAAACUAACUAGCCAAAUGAGGAGCUGUUGCUGAGUGUACUGAGAGGACUCGAACAGUAGAGGGCGCUACUUGCUGUUUUCCAUUGGGGAACCAGUUUUCUGAAAAGGAGGUGAAAUUGAUCAUGUUUCCAGAUUUACCUGUGUGUUGAUAAUGUCAUUUUGGGCUGUAUCUCAUGACUCACAAGUGCCUUAUUUUCAGCCAUUAGCCUCAUAAAAGACAUGUAUGAAAAGUAUUAUGUCUCGCUCAACUUUUAACUAUCAUGGUAACAUGAUGGAACAUCAAGCCCACUUUUUAAAUGAAAUUGUGUGCCAACUAGUUUCUAUUGUAUUUUAUUUUCAGUGGCCUUGCCUUUGUAUAUAUCUAUAAUAACUCCCAUGUAAAUGCCAUAGUAUAGACUAGUGAACUCAUGUGAAACUAUAGGGCAAACAAUGACAGACAAACUUCUGUUUGGCAAUCAGAGGAUGAAGAAUGGGAACCAUGUAUUGUAACCAUGUCUAGGACUAUGUGGUAUAAGAAAUGGUACUUGAGGAUGAAGAAGGCACACCAAAAACGGUACUUUUGGGAUUCAUGAGUUCUCUCCAAAUAACUGUGAUUCCCCCCUCAUCCUCUUGCCUCAUAUUUUGCAUGUUACUGACACACGUAAGCAUCCAUUUUGUACGAAGGAAUAUAUAGAAUGUGACAACGAUGAUGUAUGACCGAACCAUAAAGGUGCUAAAUGAAGUCAAUUUUUUCUAAGUAUAGCAGUGUCACCUUGGUGCCCUUUUUGUUUGAUUUCAUUGUCACUUUUGUUUCUGUAUUUGAGAAUAAAUGUGUAAUAGACUGAAA